AUGGCGAACCCAGGGGAGCUUUACACAAUCCCGUUCUCACACUACUGCGAGCUGGCCAGGUGGUCCCUGCAUAUUGCAAAGAUCCCCUUCACUGAGUACCCCUACCUGCCGGGCCUCCACAUGUUCUUCAGCCCGGUGGAGCGAAUUCGGAAGCGCGCGCGCGAGGCGGGCACCGGAAAAGGCAGCGGCACCCCGCUCUACGUGACCGGAAAUGGUGAGGUCUUUGACGAUUCUUGGCAGGUGCUGAAGCUCACCGGUCUUGGAGAUGUACCUGAAGAUGUUUUUCAGACUCUCAACUACGUGAUUGGCCCACGAACUCGCAGCGUCACCUAUUCCGAUCUCUUGAAGGAUGAACAGGACGGCACUUUUUACGAGUUUGGCAAGACUGCGCCAGUUUCCUGGUGGCAGCAUUUCCUUUGGGGCAUCAGCGGCUUUCGCCGCACAGUGGCUGGAAAAAUGUGGGACCAGAUGGUGGGUGAUGCAGAGCGCCAAGCCAAGGGCCUCCAGGACUUGGAGGAGGCCAUUGUCAAGCUGGAGGCCGAGCUGGCAAAGCCUGGAUCCUGUUUCAAGGCCUCGAAUCCGGACCAGUUGACAGCCUCCGCCGUGGCACUCGCGGCGCUCUUCGCUCCAGCUGUGUUGCCGCCGGAAUAUACAGGCGGUCUUAUUCCAGAGAUGAAGCUGGAAAGCUUUUCCCCAAGCCACCAGCAGCGAAUUAACUCUUGGAGAGAACGGCCUUUAGGCAAGUUUACCCUCGAAGUGUACCGUAAGCAUCGCAUGGCUGCAGUGCCAGCUGCGUAA